AUGCCAGACAUGUACGCCUUCCAAGCAGGCCCUCUGCCCAAAACACACCAAAAAGACGAGUCAUCCACACCCAAACUCACACCGAAUAUCCUUCCUUGCCAAAUCCACCACGACGGCCCCAUUGCAUCCUGCGAUCGCCUCUGGACACCUGUCACAGACGCAAAAGACAACACACAUGAUGCAUACUUCCGAGGGCGCAAACUCCGCGGGCGGCGCGUUGCGAUUCCCGAGGGGUAUCAAGGAAUUGUCGCGGUUUCCACAGAUCGUGUUCUGCCCCAGGCAGACAAGGGCUGUGAGGAUGUUGAGAUCCUCGAGAAUGGACCCGAGGCACCGGUCAAGAUUUUGGAGACACAGGGUACAUUUGACGAGAUGAUUGUAUGGCAACACGAGAUGCUGCCUGCGGCAGAUGAUUUGUUCGUGAAGGGAGUAGAGGAGUGGAUACGAUUUGCGGAGACGAUGCAUGGAACCCCGAUAGAUACUGCGAAAUAG